AUGCACUAUCCUCUCCACGCUGCGGCUGGAAGCAGUAGCGAAGAGGGCCUGUCGAUGCCUAGCUAUCCACAACAAGUAGCGCAACAUCGUCACGUCCGCAAGCAACGAAGACGACGACGCAAGCAUAAGCAGCCAAAAGAAAGCCACGCCAAGCCACUGCCCAUGCCGUUGCAACCAGAACAACACGAUGACACUCCACAGGUAUUGCUUUGGCAAUCGUCGAAACGCCGCGGUAGUAGUGGAUCCUUGAGCAGUUGUAGUAGUAGCAGUGACAUUGGCAACGCCGCCGCAAGAUCUCGAGACGACGAGGAAGAAGAACGAUGCCUUUCGACUUCGACGAAUGAGAUUUUCCGGCAACAAGCCUAUGAUCGACAAGCUCCGUCUUCGGCGACGUCCAGUGAACUCCUGGUAGAGCAGUUGGUGGGUGAUGCCAUUGUGGAGCGAGAAGAAGAAGAAGAGCAAGAGAAGGUUGUCGAUUUGCUAGGCCCCAUUGGACCGCAAUGGUAUCAACUAGAGUACUGGAAGGAACGCUUUACUAGUCACUGUUGUCUUCCACGACGACGACGAAGCAGUAGUGCUCAGCAUCACAUGAGAAGACUGUCUACACAAUCGCACUAUCUCGAUUACCGACCAACCUAUUUGGGAUACACAGCCGACCAGAAUCCAUGGCUCCAACAACCGCAACCCUACUACGUCAUGCCAUGGCCUCAGCAACAGCAGCAAAUUGUAUCGCCCAUGGCCGACUCGCCCAUGCAGCUGUAUCCUCAUCAUCCGUACCAUCAUCACCACCAUCAUCACUCUUGGCAGCAACAGUCAGCCAGACAAUCCAAUAACUUUGUCUCUCCUGAACCGUCAUCAACCAAUCCAAAUAAUAAGGAGCUCUCGCAAGAUGAACAACUCAUGGAAGAGCUCUUUUCUCACAAUGCCCCCAACAGCAAUCCCACAUCAACUCCAAACCCAGACAACACGAAUCGCAAGAGUCACGUUCGAACGGCGUCCAGUCUCCCAGAGGCGGCAUUCAUGACGACACCGGAAGACCAGUUUGGUGGCUUUAUGAGGACUGUAGGUGGUGCCAAUGCGGACAAUCAGUCAGUUUCCUCCCUGGAAAGUGACCUACAAAGUGACUACUAUUACUGGAAGAACAACAACAACAAUGUAGCACUCCAGCAGCAGUACGGCAAAGUUGUCUUGCCGGAAAACAACAAUGAAGGGAAUCCUGCAUUCUCCAAUCGCAUCUCCAAACUACGGGGCAGAAGUCCGUCACCAAGGCCCAGCAGCAAACCACCGGUGGCGCCUCCGAGGCGAGGAGCCAAGCAGCAUCGAGCGCAACACACUAAUUCUACAAUGGCAUCCACUGCCUUGCCACCGUUGCCAUCGCCACAACCCUUUUCGCCGCCACCGUUGCUGCAACAGCCACCGUCUCGAGAUUUGACUAGAUCCUUUUCGGAAGCCUCGGCGAAUACGAAUGGAUCCAGACAUCGUCGUGGAGGGACCGUGUGCGAAUUCUCCUUUGAAUCGCUCAUCACGAACAGUCCCCGGACGAAGCGUAGCAACAGUUUACCAUUGGAAGUGCAAAUACAAGUGCACUAUGCUCCAACACCGACGGGCAAUAACAACGCUCCUUCUCGAUGGAGAUUGGAUUCCAAUGGCGACGAUUCAUUGGUGUUUUUGGACAAGCCAAAGAAAUCACGCCCGGCACCCGAAGAAGAAGAAACGGGAUACAUUAGCCCAUUGGAGGAAGAGCAGUUCCUGAAUGGAAGCGUGAUCCAUGCAGUGCCAAAAAGUGCGAGUGACAUGGAUGCCAGUCCACAAACGUCCACAAGCAAUCCUCAAGAUAGUCUCUGUGGAGAUGAUGAUGAAGACUAUAAUGACAAUGAAAUGGACGACAGCAUUGUGGGCACUCCCACCAAGAAGAAACCACACGGAGGAGAAUCUGCCGCGUCGAGUCCAUUUUCCAAACUCAAGGAUGAUGCGCCUCUCAUGUCGGCUGGAGAAUCCUGGAUGUUGCAGUGGUGCAAUCACGACACGACUGCAGUCGCUGACGUGCCUUUUAGCGCAGUGACUCCCACGCAGAGCCCUUCCAACAGCAGUACGAAUACCAGCAGGUCGUCGAGAAGUGUAGUAAGGCGCCGUGUGGCCAAACCACCCAAAUCGCCACUAUCGCAGGAGCCGCCUGCACCCGGAGACAAGGCGAGGCUGGAGUAUUUACCCAAGAAUCUUGCCUUGGAGCAAAAAUGGAGAACCAAUCACGCGGAGACGAGCGCCCAAGGUGUAGCGGCCGUUUCUGGUUGGAUUGCCUUUGGUUUUGGAGACUCGCUGUUGGAAAAGCUCCAGGAUGAUGGUGCCCACUUGGAUCGUGGUGAUAUCGCUUACAUUAUUGCUCCUUCAGCUUCGAACAAGCUAUGGGUCUCCAGCAAGGCCGAUGGAACCUUUGAUAACCUUGUUGAUUGGCAGGAUUGUCGAGUCGAAGUGCAUGAGAUUUCCAGACUUCGCGGACGAGCCGUCGUUGUGAAACGACAAGACCAGGCGGUUUGCACACUCUUGCCCGUGUGUUUGGCGGAACACUACGAUGGGUCUCCGCAACUCUUUGACCCAACUCAAUGCUUCCCACACGGCGACUAUCUUCCUGACGAGCAGCAGUAUACCACCAUGCACAUUAUGUUCGCACUGGACUCUCUCCUCAAGGCCAAUCAAACCUGGAUGUAUUGA